AGUGUUGGUGAAUAUCCACUUUCACACAGAGUAACCCCCUGCGCCAUAAAUUUGAUGCCGUCACGCUCGUCACGCACCCGGUUUCGUUGCGUGGUCGUUGAGGAAAAAAGCAGCUUGAUGCGGUAAAAAAACUGGAAGAGAUCGCCGAGUAACUGAGGAAACAAGAGCACCGUUUUACGAAAGAAACCUAUUCCUGUUAAGAUGAAUCCUGAACAGCCGCCUCCGUAUCCGGGCCCUGGCCCCUCCGCUCCAGGAUACCCCGCCCAAGGAUACCCUGCCCAAGGAUACCCCCCAAACAUGGAGCAGCCCCACCCUGGAGCCUACCCCGCCUACCCCGCUUACCCCCAAGGGCCUGGGGGGCCCUACCCCGGUCCAGGACAGCCCCCCUACCAGGGGUACCCCGCGCCCCCGCAGCCACAGUUUGGCUGGCAGAACGGGCCGCCACCCGGACCCAUGUAUGCGGAGGCCCCCAAAAACACAGUGUACGUUGUUGAGGAGAGGAGGCGUGAUGACGUGGGGGACUCCUGCCUGACUGCCUGCAUGACUGCGCUCUGUUGCUGUUGCCUUUGGGACAUGCUGACCUAACACCCCUGACCCCUGACCCCUGACCCUGAACACCUCAGCAAACCCAGUCUUGGAGUGGAGUGGGGGGGUUUCAGGAGGAGCGAAAGUCGGAAUUAUGUGGAACUGCUGAUUUAAGGAUUAAAGGCACCGCAGGUCUCCACCCCACCCCCCCUGCCCCCGCUAGCCCCACCCCAC